UGUAAUACUUGACUUCUGGUGUGAUUGCAGCAUGCCUGUUUGCUGCCCCACUUCCCUCGGUUAAACUUCAUAUGUUCCAUAGGUAUACUCACUGUAAAUAACUGGUCCGGAUAGAUGCUGGAGAGUAGAAGUCUGGACGAUUGAUGGCUGCCUGUGUGCUGUGUCGACGGGUGCCCAGGCUGCGCUGUCUCCCAGGGUUGAGGAAGGACUUCGUCCAGGCUCGGCACGUGCAAGUCAAACGAGUGGAUGAGACUGAUGAUCAUGAGGGAAAGGAAGCAGUAUCGCUACUCCAGGAAUCCUCUAUACUUGAAGGAUAUAGGCUACAUUACAACCCUACAUCGUAUCAUCACUCUGCGUGGAACUCUGCAGCCUCCUGGAGCCACACGGAUAACGAGGAGGAUGAGCAGUGUCUUUCUGCCCUCCCACCUUCCUUCUGGCAACAGAGCAAUCGCUACAGCGUGAGUUGCUCGCGGUAUCUCUCCAGCUCUAAAAACACACUCCUUGACUUGGCCUUCAACAAAAGCCCUGAAAAGGGGAUCCCGUCAGUGUCACCGCACCACAGAAAACCCACACCAACAGAUGUUAAAGUAGAUCCACGUGCCUUCCUCAAAUGUAGGGCAGCGUAUGCCUCCACCACCCUUGACCUUACCCAGAGGCCUUGCAGCAUCAAAUGGGAAGAGGCUGUGCUGCUGCUGAAGAAAGUGGCUGUUUUAAAGGGCAGCAUGAAACCAGCUAAUGUGUCUCAGAUUUUUACAGAGCUCAGCGGCUUGCACCCAGACUGGGUGUCAUUAGUGAGGGGCGACCAGCGCUUCAUCAUGCUACUUCGAUAUUCUGUGGAGAAUCUUCGCCUCUUUACUGAGGCCGAGCUGCUGGAGGUGCUGCAGUCGUUGGUAUGGCUAGACAUACCCUCAGCCCACACUGUUCUCAGUCUGUACGAGGCUGAGCUGAGCCGCCGGGCCACUUGGAUGACUUUACACCAGCUGUUGUUUGCCGCUGACUUAUUGCGCUGCAUUGGGAAACAAGUCCCCCAGUUCUUAGCACACCUGUAUGAUUCAGUGCUUCUGAAUCUGGGGCAAAUUGGAGUCCCUGAGCUGGUACAACUGUUGUAUAUAAUGGGAGAGGGCAGAGAGUGCCCAAAAGACUUGAUCCGUCCUCUGGAGCAGCUUCUCAUGCGUCAUUUACCACAACUGUACCCAGAGGAGGUCGGUACUGUCUGCCUUGGGCUCUUCAAAUCCCAGACUUCGCUGUCUGAGAGUGCAGUGACUUGUGUUGUUGAUAAGGCGCACUCUUUUGUGGAGGACAUGAGUGCGUUCGCCAUGGUGAAUGUGCUGAAAUACAUGCGUUUUAGCUACUUGUAUCAUAGGCAAUGGAUGGAGGCGAUUGCCCAGGAAGUACCCCGUCAAGCCCCCAAGAUGGGUGUCCAGGGUCUGAUGCAUGUGGCACUCACCUGCUCAGCGCUGCACUAUCGCAAUGAUAACAUCCUCAUGGCGAUUGCUCAGAGGGUUCCCUCUGUUGCGCCGCACUGCAGGAUUAAAGACUCCUGCAAACUGUUGUGGGCCUUUGGGACAUUACAGUUUCUCCCCCAUCAGAGCCCAGGCUUCUAUUCGAGUCUAACAGAUACCCUGAGGCAGAGGAAAGUGGAAUUCCAGCGAUACCCAGAGCAUCUUCUUACUGGUCUUCUAGGACUAAUCUUUGUCUCUCAGUUCCCACAAGACCUUAUUGAGCUAGCUUUGAGUCCUGAAUUUGUCAACUUAGCACUUAAAUCCAAACAAGUAGAUCUGAAAAAAGACUUGUUGACUUUAGAUGGAGCUGUUGCUCUGGAGCUACCUCACUGGACUGGGCCUCGGCUGAGCAGUGAACUGAGAGAGGGGGUGGCGCAGAAGCUGUGGAAGUUUGCUCAGUCAGAUGUUUGCCAGAAACCAGAGGUGCAGGAGGCAGAAUCGUCUCUGCAGGAUCUACUUGGAGGAGAGACAUACGUACACAAGAGAAUGAUUCUGCCCCACACUCGGUCCAUCGACCUGGAAAUACACCUCGACUCCACAGGACAGCCUAUACCUGUGAACUCAGAAUCCCACUUAUACACUCCAUCCCCAGAGAGAGAUCCAUCUAAAUUUCCUUCUGACCAGGGUUGGGGAAAGAAGCAUUUCACAGGAGUGACUUUAACAGACAAUCUAUUAGCACAGCUAAUGAAUACCAAAAUGACUUCAGAUCCUUUAACCCCGUCUCCGACAUUAAAGCCAAUACCUCUCCACAGAGAAGAGCCAGAUGAGAGCGAGAAACUCUUUAAUACAGGACUACAACUCACCAGUGACAUUACAGAGGCUCUUAUCAAACCCAGCAGUCAGGGUUUAGCCUCUCAGGACUCCAAAAGCACAGUCAAAGUUGCUAUCCAAGUCCCCAGCAGAAACCACUACUGCUACCAAUCCCAGCAGUUGUUGGGGCUCCAUGUGAUGAAGAGGAGGCAGUUGAAGCUGGCAGGAUACCAGGUUGUAGAGCUCGGCCAUCGGGAGUGGUCUCCCAUGCUGAGGAAAAGCAGGGCAGAGAAACUGGCGUACCUGCACUGCAAAGUCUACGACAGCCUGACACCUCCAAGAGCCAAAAGAAAUAUCAGCAAACUCUGACCACUGAGUCAAUACUAUACUGUGCUAUUACUAUAAUGAACUCACUGAGGCCUUUUGGCCUCUGGAAAAUCUGUUGUUUAUUUUAUUUGUGCCAAGCACAGAAAACGCUCUGUUGAGAAGGAUAGAGGUUUACUUUUUCAGAUAUGUGACAUUUCAGGACAUUUGAGAAAAAUCUGUUUGGGUCAACUUUUUGGUACUUUAUCAUAAUCUGAGGCAGGAAUUUCCCUCAUGUCAUGUUUUCAGACUUGCUGCAUAGUUUUUCUUGUGCCUUUUGUAAGAGCAUAAAAAAAACAUUGUUUUGGUAUCACAUUCACUCAUGCACGAUGGCCCUCAGAGGUCAGUGCAUCUAUCUGGGGAGUUAUGAGAUUACUGGCCACUUUGCACAUCAAAGGCCAAACUCGAUCUUCUCAACUGAAGCGGACUUCUUCUAUUUUGUCGGAUUUUUGGUAUUUUGGCUGCUCCUCCGUCUGCUUUGAGAGUUUGAAUGAAAGUCUUAAACUUCCUGCUUCAUUUCAGUAUAAAAGAAGAGAAUGAUGAACCAUAGUGAAUGGUCACUAUUUAAUUUCAGCAUCUGUAGCAGAUGUUAUCACAAAGCAGAUGGAUGCAGUGCUUCAUAUCUGCAGGAUUUGUUCACAACACUCCUGAAGUCUUUAUCUAAAAAUGCACAUUUCAUUGUUCUUCCUUUCAAUGAGUGGGGAACAAAAUGUUUUGCUGGGUGUUUAAGAAGAAUCUGCUGCCAAUAUAAUACUGAUGUUAAGUUUUAAGAAUUGCAUACUGCUUUCACAAUCAGAAGACUGAAGAUGUCUAACAUAAAAUAAAUAUUGUUCAAAGUG